AUGGGCUACGCUAAACCAGUGGUAAGAUGUAUUGAGGGGCUGAAUUAUAAACUAGGCCGAUUUAUACAUCAAGUACUAUCUCCACUGGUUGGUCCGAAUCAUAUCAAUGUCAAGGACUCAACGGAAUUUGUUAACUUCACACGCGAGGUUACAUUACCUGAGAACUACAUCUUAAUAUCACUGGACGUAGUCUCAUUAUUUACGAAUGUACCAAAAAAGUUGGUGAAUAAAAUCAUUGAUGAGAAAUGGGAGUCCUUAUCUGAGGUGGUGAGAAUGAAUAAGGAAUUGUUUGUUAAAUAA